UUACAGUGACGUAUACACACAUUAAUAAAAAAAAAGUAUUAUGAGCAUUAUCUAUUGAAGGACUUUGCACUUUAGAUACAAAUUAAUUUUACUGUGUUACUUAAGAAUUAAUUAUUAAUCAGUAACAUACAAAAUUUAUUAUUGUAAAAGAUGUUCACUGCGUGUUUUAGAACAUUAAAAAUCAGUAAUAAAUAUGGUUUAUUGGCACGAUAUGAAUCUACGUUAGUUAUUGCAGAACAUAAUAAUGAAACACUUCUUCCUAUUACCUGUAAUGCAUUAAGUGCAGCUAAAAAAAUUGGUGGAGAUGUAACAGUUUUGGUUGCUGGUAAUAAAUGUGAUAAAGUAGCACAAAGUGUUAGUAAAGCCAAUGGUGUGUCUAAAGUCCUUGUAGCAGAUAAUGAUGCAUUUAAAGGAUUUUUACCAGAAGCAUUAACUCCAUUGAUUAUUGCAACUCAAAAUCAGCAUAAAUUUACACACAUUUUAGCUGGUGCUACUGCUUUUGGUAAAGCCUUAUUACCAAGAGUUGCAGCUAAAUUAGAUGUGUCUCCUGUAAGUGACAUUAUUGGAAUUAAGGCUGCAGAUACAUUUAUUCGUACAAUUUAUGCUGGAAAUGCAAUUCAAACUUUAAAAUGUAAAGAUAGUAUAAAAGUAGUUUCAGUAAGAGGUACUGCUUUUGAAGCAGUACCUUUAGAGGGUGGCAAUGCUAAGUGUGAACCUGCACCAGCUGGAGAUUAUAAAUCAUCAUUAGUAGAAUUUAUUAAACAAGAGUUGAGCAAAUCUGAUAGGCCAGAAUUAACAUCUGCUAAAAUUGUUGUAUCUGGAGGAAGAGGAUUGAAAUCUGGAGAAAACUUCCAAUUAUUAUACAGUUUAGCUGAUAAACUUAACGCGGCAGUUGGUGCUUCACGUGCUGCUGUUGAUGCUGGCUUUGUACCCAAUGAUUUACAAGUUGGACAAACUGGAAAAAUUGUUGCUCCAGAUUUAUACAUUGCUGUGGGUAUUUCUGGAGCAAUUCAACAUCUUGCUGGUAUGAAAGAUUCAAAAACAAUUGUUGCAAUUAACAAAGAUCCUGAAGCUCCUAUUUUUCAAGUAGCUGAUUAUGGAUUAGUUGCUGAUUUAUUCAAAGCUGUGCCUGAACUUACAGAAAAAUUGUAA